AACAUGUGAAUCACAAACUAGAGGUAAUGAAGAAAUCUGUUAUACAUCACUAGCUCUUGUGUUUAUUUCUAACAUCCCUUUCUUUUUUCUGCGGGCACAUGCAUGGAUCCUACCAGUACCAUAUUCAGUUUUCUUUCAGUUCUUUUAUUUGGUUCUACAACCAAUUUCAAUCGUGUUUUCCCCUCGGAAAGUUGUCGUUUCCGGCGAUUUUUAAUUUCGGUGCCUCUAAUUCUGAUACCGGUGGCUACGCUGCCGCCUUCAUUCAACUUAAGUCGCCUAAUGGAGACACCCUUUUUGGAAUGCCCACCGGGAGAUUUUGUGAUGGACGACUCAUCGUUGAUUUCACUACUGAGAGUUUGGAUUUGCCAUUCCUAAGCUCUUACCAGAAUUCACUAGCAAUCAAUUUCUCACAUGGCUCGAAUUUUACGACGGCGUCUUCCACCAUAAGAUUACUGACGGCUAAUGUUGUCCCCUAUGGCCACGCCAGUCAAUUCUACCUACCUUUACAAUAUUUACAAUUUGCCCAGUUCAAAAAUAGAUCCCAAAUUAUUAGAAGACAUGGUGAUAUGACAAUAUAUGCAAGUCUAUUGCCAAGGGAGGAAACCUUUUCCAAGGCAUUAUACACUUUCGACAUCGGCCAAAAUGAUCUCACGCAAAGUCUCUUCUUUAACAUGACCAUAGUGCAAAUUCUCCCCGCCAUCCCUAAUAUAGUCAACCACUUCUCAAACAUUAUCAAGAAUCUAUACAAUUUCGGAGCAAGAUCAUUUUGGGUUUACAAUACGAGGCCACUCGGCUGCUUUCCAAAAAUUCUAACUAGUUUUCCAUUAGCUGAAAAGGACUCUGUCAUUUGUGCCAAGCCAUAUAAUCUAUUAGCUCAACGUUUCAAUGCCGAGUUGAAGAAUGCGUUGGCUCGACUUAUGAUUGAGUUUCCUUUGGCUACAAUUGUUUAUGUAGACCUUUACUCCGCUCUAUACUUUUUAUACACUCACCCGACUAAAAAUGGUAAGUACAACUACAGCGAAGAGGCAAUAUGUGGAGGAAAUAUUAGUGUCAAUGGCAAAAGCAUUACGGUGGGAUCAUGUAAAGAUCCAUCAGUUCGAGUGAGUUGGGAUGGAGUUCAUUUCACUGAGGCUGCAAACAAGUUUGCUUUUGAUCUUGUUUCGACUGGAGAUUUCUCAGAUCCACCUAUUCCUUUGAAACUGGCAUGCCAUCCUAGGUAAGCAUCAUCUGUGGUUUUGUUUGGUGUGUCUUUGGUUUUGGUGAAAAAGAGAUGAUUUAUCAUAACCAAGAGGAAACGCUAAACUGCAUUGAUAAAAUUGAAAUAAAGAAAAUCAAUAUUUGUUUCUUUAGAAUGAAACAUGUAUUGUAAUUAUAAAAUCAAAAGAAGGAAAGUGUGAAAUAAUGUUUGGUUAUACCAUGUUAAAUUACUCAUUUAUCGUAAAGUCAUCAAUAAAAACAUGUGAAUCCUAUUAAAACUA